GCCAGCAACCAGCAGUUCGUAAACAUAGUUCACGCUCCAAAGGCGUUACGUUUUUUAUUUUAUUUAAAACUUCAAACUUAUUGUCAUAUAUAAAUUUCAAAUUUAUUAUCGAUAUUUUUAUGAAAAAGUUGAUUUGAAAACAAUUGAAGAAUCUACAAUUGAAACUUGCAGGGUGAAUCAACAAGAACGACACAUAAAUCGUUGUUACAUAUAGAUGAAAAUGGACGAAUAUAAUUGCUCGUCAAAUCGAAGUGUGUAGUAAAAAAAACGCUCGAACAGACGAUUGCGUAUUCCAAGCUCCAAAAACAGCACAUCGCUCACGCUUUGCACUUACGACAACCUGUCAGUCGUACUCAGCGUACUGGCAUUGCAUCAAUGUGACGGAGCUAUUUUGAUUUCGAAUUUCGGACGACCCUGAUGUACGCUAUCGGGCAUUUGCGUCACAUUACGAUUUCGCGCUGUUAUUUCUACGAUACACAUCGAAAUUUUUGUGACAGAAGGAAUUGAUCACGAAGAUGGGUGAUAUCAAAUAUUACGGAAAGAAGAGAAGUAUUGUGAGAAGGAUCGGAUCCUUUUUACCAUUGAAACCACCACCAAAAAUAUAUGUCAGCGUGACACCAUUACACUCAAUGACAAGCUCAAUGAUUAAUGAAGAAGCUAGUAGCAAUUAUGAUACAAAUGGAUAUGGUCCUAUGAGACUUUCCGGUAGCAGACCAGAUCUGUUAGAGCCAAUUAGUUUUGGAUCUGAAGUACGAUUGCUUGCAUUAGAGCAAGAGUUACAAGAACUUAGGGAACAAAUUUCAACAAUUGUGAAAAAUAACAAAUUGUCAAAGCAUGCUUCUGUCGCAUCUCUGCCUAAUAUAAUGGACAAUGGAAAGUCUUUGCCAGUACCGCCACCUCCACCUCCACUUCCACCACCCACAACGCCGCAUAUUGCGAGAAGGGCUAGCUUGCAAGAACAUAAAACUGAAGAUCGCAAGAAAAUUGCAUUGAGUUCACAGAAAUCGACAGGCGAUAUGCUUAAGGAUAUCGACAGUGUAAAAUUGAGGCCAGUUGCAAGAUCGCCAGGUGGACAUCCUAUACGAGUAAAGCGUGAGAAUAGCCCAUGUAACGAUUUGCAGGAGAUUCUGCGAAGACGUUACAUUGCGAUGCAGUCUCCCGACAGCAGAAACUCAUCGGCUAACUUGACUAUAGACGAUUCGUUUUGAACAUCAUGUGUGAAAAUGUGGAUACUCUUGAGUGUCCCUAUCCUGUGUGUACGUUUACACAAAAUUUAGGACUCUUACAAGCAAGCGUUGUGGCAUAUAACACAUAUGUUACGUUGGAAUUUAUCAGUUGCACUUCGCAUUAGCUGAAGACGUAAAGAAAGUCUUAAACCAAAGAUCAGUUUAUUGCACCGAUGUGACGUCACUCAGGUAGAAUUUUUUUUUUCAUAGCAAAAAAGUCAUGAUCAAAGCUUUUCCUAAUGCGUUUAAAGAAGGCCAUUUUAGUUUUAUUACGAUUAAGAUGAUUAUUCUAGUUUUAGUAGGUAAAGCUGUUGUGAUAUUGAAAUCACUCUCUCAACAGCUAUUCCUGCAAAAUCCAGCCAUAAUAACUCUAAUGUCCGGGAUAGAUAGAUAGAUGUUAUUUUUGUGGCAGUUCAUGAGAAGAUAGAGUACACCAUUCCUCUUGCUAUUUAUAUGUUGCCAACAUAAAUGGGAAAUUUUAGUUAGUGCGUAAAUAAGAAAAAUAGAUUUGAAUGAUUCAUAUCGAAAUCAAUAUUAGCAUUAUUAAUGUUACGAUCAUUUAUAGUUUUAUUUAAUUAUACAAGUAAUUUUGUAGAUACUGGAAAAGUAAUCUCAAAUUUCUUUUUUUUGUCUAAAUAACUAUAAAUUUUUUAGUUUUAAAUUAUUUUCGAAUGUGGGCAUGUGUAAGAAGAUUCAGUAGUGGAAUCUUCAAUUUUAAACGCGUAGGAAUGUACGCAACUCAUUUUCGGAGACUGAACGGUAUCUUCGAUGAUAUUACGAAUGUACAGAUGCGUUUUUUAUACGUGAAGCUUUUAUCGAUGACUUAUAAAAAUAAACUUUAUUGUUAAAUAAUA